AACAAGAGUGAAAGAGACUCAUGGGUCAGAAGAUCAAGAUUGGUAUCAAUGGAUUUGGAAGGAUUGGCCGUUUGGUGGCAAGGGUGGCAUUGCAGAGAGAUGAUGUUGAGCUUGUUGCUGUUAAUGAUCCUUUCAUUACAACUGAUUACAUGACUUACAUGUUCAAGUAUGAUACUGUUCAUGGGCAAUAUAAACACCAUGAAAUUACACUUAAGGACAACAAAACCCUUCUCUUUGGUAGUAAACCAGUCACUGUUUUCGGUAUCAGGAACCCUGAGGAGAUUCCAUGGGGUGAGGCUGGAGCUGAUUAUGUUGUUGAGUCCACUGGAGUUUUCACUGAUAAAGAUAAGGCAGCUGCCCACUUGAAGGGUGGUGCAAAGAAGGUCAUUAUUUCUGCCCCUAGCAAGGAUGCCCCAAUGUUUGUUGUUGGUGUCAAUGAGAAAGAAUACAAGUCAGAUAUUAACAUUGUUUCAAAUGCUAGCUGCACAACCAACUGUCUUGCUCCACUUGCAAAGGUUAUAAAUGACAAAUUUGGUAUUGUUGAAGGUCUCAUGAGUACUGUUCACUCUAUUACUGCCACCCAAAAGACUGUUGAUGGACCAUCAAUGAAGGACUGGAGAGGUGGUAGAGCUGCUUCCGUGAAUAUCAUUCCCAGUAGUACUGGAGCUGCUAAGGCUGUUGGUAAGGUGCUGCCAGCACUGAAUAAUAAGUUGACAGGAAUGUCCUUCCGAGUUCCCACUGUAGAUGUUUCAGUGGUUGACCUCACUGUUAGAAUUGAGAAGGGAGCCAGUUAUGAUGAAAUUAAAGCUGCUAUCAAGGAAGCAUCUGAGGGAAGUUUGAAAGGAAUCCUUGGUUACACAGAGGAUGAUGUUGUGUCUACCGAUUUUGUUGGUGACUGCAGGUCAAGCAUAUUUGAUGCAAAGGCUGGAAUUUCUUUGAAUAACAAUUUUGUGAAACUUGUCUCUUGGUAUGACAAUGAAUGGGGCUACAGCUCACGUGUGGUUGACUUGAUCCGACACAUGGCUUCAGUUCAAUGAGCUGCAAGGAAUUUGGCUCAUAUUUCAUGCC